AUGUCUGAUAAUAUUGUUGUGUCUUCACUUAAUAUGGAACUCAUGGAUUGCCCAAUAUGCUGUGAACCCUUAACAACUCCAAUUAUUCAGUGUGAAAAUGGGCAUGCAACAUGCAACUCAUGCUCGGAGAAGACUCAGAAGUGCCAUUCUUGCACCCUGCCUAUCAGAAGAAUGAGGAACCGGAUUCUUGAAGAUGUUGCUGACUCUUUGAGAGUUUGUUGCUCGUUCAAGAAUUAUGGAUGCCCAGCAACUGUUAGGUACCCCGAUAAGAUCAACCACGAAAAGUUCUUGAUGCAUAAAGAUUUUGUGAAGCCGUUUGUUUUUUGUCGUAAAUUCCAUGUCUCUGUUCGGCUGGAUGAUAAUUUCUUUAUUCUCCAAGAGGAAAACAUAGACAUUGUGUUUGUUCUGAACAACACAACGUGUUCUUAUGAGAAUAUUCUUACAAUCUGUUGUCUUGGACCGUUAGCAGCUGGAUGCUGCCCCUGUGAAAUUGAAGUGAAUGCCAACUCAAGUCACAAGUUUCACAGUACUACCCAGAACAUUCAAGGCACCGGCAAUUACUAUCGUUCUUUUUCAGGGUUCCUUCUUGAUAGUGACCACGAAUUUUUUGCUGACGGUUUGAUCAAGAUGGAGUUUUGUGUUUAUCGCGCACCGGAGCUUGCUUAA